AAUAAUCAGAAAUGGUUUAUUAAUUUGUGGAUGACAAAUAUAAUUUUGGCAUAAAUCUUCAUUGAUAUAUAUAUGUACAUUCAUAAAGUGAAAUAUCUAUAACUAAAGAGUAAACUACUCUAUAAAUAUGGUGCUAAUGGCGAAGGAAUCUUCUGCUAUAAGAGAAGUCACUGAAGAUUCUCCAGCUUCAAAAAAGGAAGAAACGGUUGUGUUUAAAGACAAAAAAUGUGUUGUUCAGAAAGUACAAAUAUCUGGAUUGAAAAAGACUAAAAGUGAUUUUGUAUUGCCUGAACUAGAGCAAGUAAUGCAAUCAUCAACAUUUGUCACAGCCUAUCAAAGUGCUUUAGAUUGUAAGAAGAAAUUGUUGAAUUUGGGAAUUUUCGAUCAUGUGGAUAUUAUAAUGGAUACGACUUCACAUUACAAAGGUAACAAAGUUCCGAAUGGGAUACAAAUCCUUUUUAGGGUGAAAGAAAAACGAUCAUUAACUGGAGAAGCGAGAACCGAAAUGUCGAAUAACGAUCAACCUCAGUGGGUUAUAAGGCUAAUGUCUCCGAAUGUGUUUGGCCGUGGUGAAAUGCUAUCUGCAACGUUUUCAAGAAAGUUAGGUUCAGAAUCCGUUUCUGGAAAUGGAUUUUAUUCUCCGCAUGAUUUUAGCUUUGCUGCUUCAAAACCGUUUAAAAAUGGAUCACUAUUUCGAAUGUCAAUUCUACAAGACAGGCAGGAUUGCCCAUGGAAUUCCACAUCUUUGACAGUCAGAGGUGGUCAGCUUGAAUAUCAAUUUCCCCUUUUUAAUAAUACUCACACACUCGCAUAUCAUGCUCAUUGGAGAGAUCUUGCAAGCUCAAAUAAUACCACAGCUUUUCCUAUCAGAGAGAAUUUUGGGCACACUGCUAAGUCAUCCUUAUUACAUUCAGUAACAAUGGACAGAACAGAUGACAAAAUUCUUCCUUCAAAGGGGUAUAUGAUCAAAAUGACAGAAGAACUUGCUGGUGUCGGCAUUGGAUCUAAAUACAUAAAAGAAAACAUGGAAUUGCAGUUUCACAAAACAUUAUUUCGUCGCCUAACAUUAUCAGCAGGUUUUCGUGGGGGAUUCAUUGUGCCAUUUGACAAUGAACAGACUCAAAUUCCAGAUAGAUUUUUUAUUGGAGGUCCAUUGACAUUGCGAGGGUUUGAUAUGAAUCGUGCGGGGCCACAAGUAGAUGGCGAUUUCUUGGGUGGAAAUUGCUACUGGGUAGCUGGCCUCCAUGCAUAUUUGCCUCUUCCAUUCUAUUGGAGGAAUUUUGGGAAAGGAUCUUGGUUGGAUGGAUUCAGAAUCCAUGGAUUUUUUAAUGCUGGAAACGUUCUAACAUUUGAUAACAAUCAAAUGAUACGAAAUCAAUUGUCUUGUUUAGCUGAAAAUAUCAGGACCUCAUAUGGUGUUGGUUUGGUUUAUAAUUUUAUGCGCGGUGCGAGAAUUGAACUGAAUUUUUGUGUGCCAAGUUCAGUUGUCGCUGGUGAUAAAGUAUGUGAUGGUGUGCAGUUUGGUAUUGGAUUAAGCACUGUAUAAUUAAAUUUAGAAAUUUGAAUUAAUAAUCUAAAUUCUGAUUAAAUAAUGCCAUAUAUGAAUCUUAAUGUAAUAUUUGCAUUUCUAUUGACAAUAUGACUGGUUGACAAGUUUGAUGUUCGAAACUUGUAUAUCUAUCUUUUACCUUAAACGUUACAAAUUCCAGUUUAAUUGAAUCGAAGAAUUUUUUAAAUUCUACCACUUUUGAAAAUCAUGACUUUGUGCAUGUUUACGAUAUAUUACAAUUUCAGAAAGUCCUGUUCCUCAAUGUGAGCAGCAAAACUUGCUGUACGACUUUUUUUUUGCAAUCACAUCUUGCUGUUUUUAUUUGCUCGUGAAUUGUAAUGUUAUCAGAUGAAAAAACAACCAUGUUAAA